CCUGAGGCUAAACCGCGCAUGGAAUGAAUUCAGCCCCGCCAUCUUCCUGCCAGACCGAUGCCACACCUACAACAUGGAGCCUCUCUCAGCCUUUGGGCUAGCAGCAGGAAUUCUACAGAUCAUAGACUUUUCAACAAGAUUACUUUCGACGGGCCAGCAGCUGUACCAAGAUGGCUCUACCGUGCAGAACUCGGAGUUCACCUUGAUCGCAGACGACCUCAGCUCCAUGAACGACAAAAUCAAGUCUUGGGCGCGCCCAGACCAGUCCGUGUCGGGUCCUCUUGCGAAGGAAAAUCAAGCUUUAGAAACUCUUGCAGAUGAAAUCGCGAAGAUUGUUGGGGAGUUAAAUCGCGUACUAUUACGGGUCCGACGCAAAGGAGAGGCCACUAUCUUUAAGAGCUUCAAGCAAGCAGUUUCGACCAUGUGGAAUAAGUCCAAGAUCGACGAGAUAAUGCAGCGUUUGGAGUAUAUUCGUGGGGAAGUACAGUUUCGCAUUCUAGUGUCCAUGGUGGAGAAGGUGGACAAGAAUGAGUUGAGCAUGGCAACUACUUUACAAUCAUUUGAUCACAGCACUCAGAUAAUUGUGCAAGCCAUUCUUCAAGGGAAGUCUGAUCUUGCUGAUAUCAUUUCUGCACAGACGCACGAGUCAAUUAGGAGGGAACAUGCAAGAGAACUAGCAGCAAUCAGGAGACACGAGGAGGUGAUAGCUAAGAUAGGUGGUGGUCUCUCACAUGGCACGAGCAUAGUUCCUGUCGAUGACGAGCGUUUCAGUAAAGAAGCAAUACAUCGGAGAAUUACGACCAGGCUUGAAUUUCCCAAAAAGAUGGACCGAUACGAUAUCAUCAAACCAGCUCACAAGAGGACUUUCGAUUGGAUAUUCCAAGAGACCCAAGCAGACGCACAGUGGUCCAAUUUCAGUCAAUGGCUUCUUUCAAAAACAGGGGUUUUCUGGAUUAGCGGAAAAGCUGGUUCCGGAAAAUCGACGCUGAUGAAAUAUUUGAUGCAGGAUCGAAGGCUAAGACAAGCCUUGGAGUUAUGGGCAGGAAAUGUACCGUUGAUAAUCACGUCCUUUUAUUUCUGGAACCCUGGUGAUGCCAUUCAAAAGUCACAGGAAGGCCUCUUUCGAACUCUAAUCGCUGAAGCACUAUACCAAGAACCUGAGCUUGGGCCGAUACUCUUUCCAGAUCUCUACCAAACAGAUUCGAACUGGGAAUCUUUUCCCACUUUCCACCAGCUUCGUCGCGCUUUCUUGAAUCUUACGACCCAAUCAGUUACCCCGCUUGAAAUCGCACUUGUAAUCGAUGGACUAGACGAAUUUCAGCCCACAGACGCUUCAUAUACUGAACUAGCGGACCUGUUCCUCACCACCAGUGAAUCAAGCAACAUCAAGGCGAUACUUUCUAGCAGACCACUCUCCGCAUUUGAAGCAGCGUUUUCUGACUGUCCAAAACUUCGUCUUCAGGACUUGACUAAGCAUGACAUCGAGAUUUACAUCGCCGACAGAUUGGGCAGUCACCCGAGAGUUGUAGAGCUGUCGCAAGAUGAUCCCAUCGGUAUCGGAAUGUUGAGAUCUGAAAUCUUGUCGGCAGCGUCGGGAGUUUUCCUAUGGGUUAAACUAGCCGUUGACUCACUCUUGGAAGGACUUCAAAACUUUGAUCUUCUCGAGGAUUUACGUGCAAGGCUUAAGGCUAUUCCUCGGGAUCUUGAACAGCUUUUCCAGCGCAUGCUGAACCAGAUACCUAUGGAAUACAAGCAGCAGUCAUCUCAGAUGUUUCAGAUUGCUCGUUACAAUGAGAUAUCAGAUAUUACUGCCACUGACACAAGGCCCGGCAUCUGUCCACUAACAGCUUUGGGUAUGUACUUCACUGAGUAUAGUCUUCAGAAGACACUAGAGGCACCAAUUACCCCAACAUCCGAUUUGGAAAAUCAAAAAAGAUCGAAGGAGAUCGAGGGCAGAUUACGAAGCCGUUGCGCUGGACUUCUGGAGAUGCGUCCGUCUGACAUUUCAAAUUCAGACCCGGAGGCCAAUGGAUCAACAACCGAUCGAACAAUCAAAGAAGGCAUCGAAAAGGAGCUACACUAUCUUCAUCGAACUGUGGCGGACUGGCUCAGGAAGGAUCAUAUAUGGGAAUCUCUGGUCAACAAUACGCAAGGGACCAAUUUUGAUCCGUGCCUCUCGAUCAUGCUUUCAGUUGUCUUGCGCCUUAAAUGCCUCUCUCCUGCCCGAAGAAUUUGGCAGAUGAGUGCGGAGAGGAAACUUGUGAAUGGCGUGAUUUUCUAUGCCAGAACAUCGCAGACAACUAGUAAAGCGUACUACAAGAUUCUGGAUGAGCUCGAUCGUGUCAUGUCUGUUCGCUACAGAUUCACGUGGGAAGAGUUCGGAAUGUUCAAAUCUCAAUUUAAUCCGCAUGUUACUUGGUGUGAUAGCAUGGAUACCGAUCCCAGACCAACCCCAUGGCAUGACACAUUCCUGGCUUUCACGAUCCGACACGGGCUAUUCCAUUAUGUCAAAGCGAAACUAGAAGAAAAUGGCAAUGUCCUACCGCAGAAACGUGGCCGUCCCUUGUUAGACUACGCAUGUCGAUCGUUUAAACUUAAUGUUGGGCAUGUACCACGUACAGACGCUGUGAACGCUUCGAUUGUAGAAAUCCUGCUUAAACACGGCGCUGAUCCAAAUGAAAAGUUCGAUGGAUUCAGUCCCUGGCAAAACGCUUUGUAUAGGCCCAGAGGUCUUUUUCCAAAUCAGAUAAACGAAGCCUACAGCGAGCGUGUGGAAUGGGUUUCAAAUCUCGGGUUUUCUUCAAACCAAACGGAUGAACCCAAUAGGCAACGUUUGGAAUGGGUCUCAAUUCUCAAACUACUCCUGAAAUACGGCUCAGACCCACAUUCAUACACUGAGACAAUGGAACGAUUCCACCAACCAGGAGAAGGAGGCUUGAGAAGUAAUACGUCCAUCGCGGUGUACUGUCAUCGAAGAAGCGUUUUGACUGUUCUUCGUGAGGAAGCAGGUGAACGCGACAAUUUUGAAGAAAUGAGGGACAUGAUACAAGUGUUGAUAAAAGAUUUGGAGAUGAUGGGUGCAAAGGAGGAAGAUUACUGGGUCGGGACACCAGGUUCAGAUAACGGUUUGUCUCACAAGCCCGAAUCAAAGAAUUUGGUGGAGAGAACAGUAGAAAAGGCUGUAUCAAAGGAGGAAAAGAUUCCACGGCACCGAGCACGCCGGUACCUUGAACGGCUUUUCAAAAGUUCCUCCGAGGCCCGAAAGAAGUGA